GCGUGACAAUAAAGAUGCCACAAACAAUGGAUACUUUCACUCAGCUACCAAAACUGCUGGUGUUGUCCCAACAAGCUUUUAUGUUUCUGCAUACCUGGGUCUCAUUGAUAUGUCGCACAAAAGUCGUCGUAGUAAAAAGUUCUAAUAACAAAAUGCAUUGCUUUCAAGUAAAACCAAUUUCCCUUAUUUAUUCAUCCUCUAUAUAAUCCACAGCAUCACCAUGCCGAGUGUUACCUAGAGCUUUGGAACACACCAGAGCUCACCUGACACUGUGUGUCUGGUAGCGUUGUAAUUGUGUCUCUGAAUGGUGCUCUUGAACUUCUAGGCAUUUAAUACCUGAACUUGUCUUGAAACUGUGAUGCUGCUUUUGAAUUCUUGUAUCCUGCUGGUUGUAAACUGUCUGUAACAGAAUUCUAACUGGUUUGAGGAUUUGGAUCAGGUGCCCCACAGUAGGUGUAAGAAUCAGUACCUUUGCAGGUGUGAUUUAGUAAUGUUGCAAGUUGUUGUAUGUAGUCAAAUAUUAGUUUAGCUCUCUUUUAUUCUUUUCUUUAAAAGGACAGCAGAAUAAUGCUGCUGGGUAGAUUUGUUUGUUGUUGCUGCAGUUUGAUAUUUAAUUGUAGAAGUUUCCUUGGCUGGAUUCCAGCCAAGGUGACAGAUUCCCAAUGCCAGGUGUUGUGAUAGGAAAUUGAUUCCCAGGUUAUGCAGGGAACCUGCUGACUGAGUGGCUGUUCACAUUUCAUCACAAACAGCUGGGUAGAGGGGAAGAGUGGGGAGGAGGAAAAACCUCUGGGAAUCCCAGUCUGAAAUCUCCCCACCCUGCUUUUCAGCAGAUAUCUUUCAAGUACUAAUUUGCUUUAUUAUUUUGUUGCGACUUUUUUGGUGAUAUACAGGAUUUGUUUGAGUUUCAGUGGGUUUUCUUCCCUGUAUUGCUUAAAUCUUUUUAGUUUUCCUGACAUAGGCCAUCCCGUUACAUUCCUGUUUUAUCAUGCAAGGGGCAGAGACAGCUGGAGAAUUGCAGCCUUCAUUUUCGGUCCCUUUUUAGCAAGGCUGGAUGGUAGCCAGCAGAGCAGAUCUAAAAUAGCAGAAAUUGCUGCCACGUGUGUUGUAGAAAUGAGCAGCUGGAGAAGAAGUACCUUGCAGUACUGGUCUCAAGAACACACUUGUCUCACAGGGCAAGCUGCUUUGCUGUAAAACAGUCCAGUGCGUGUGCGCAGAGCACGAGUUGAAGGAGAGAAGGCAAUUUUCCCUCCAGGUAUCAGGUACAUGCUGGGCAGAUGCCUUGUUACACUUCCAGCUUGGACACUCUAAUACAACAGAGCUGUGGAAGCUCUCCUGAGCAGCUGGAAGGACUCCUGUCUGUUUCACAAGGCAGUCUACAUCUAUGAAAGACCUUCCUUUUCAGCUUCUCUCCUCAUGCCUUGUUUUAUUGAAGUACUAUUCAGGCGAGUUAAACACUUGAUUAACAUUAAAUGUAACUAUUAGAAUAUUCAUGUUACAAGUUGUGAAGUCUUGGGAAAGAGUUUGCAAAAGCAACUUCAGGGUAUUCUCUAUAAAUAGAGAAAAUGCUGCCUUUGUCAAGUAUCCCCUCUGGUAUAAGAAAGCCAUAUGUAAUGUGACUAAACAGAUGAAAGUAUGGACUAGCUGCUUACCAGUAUUGAACCUGAUUUUUCUCUCUUGGUGUUCUUCCUGAAGUCAAGCUAAGAAGUACUCUUUUUUUAAUUUUUCUUUUUCUUUGAGGAGAGGCAUGACGUUUUCAUUAUGACAAGGAGAGGAAAAAGGAGUGACUGUUAGUACUGGGACACCUAUGGAUGGCAGCACAUCUAGAAAUUCUCAGACCAGCCAUGGGAUCCAGUAAUAUGCUUGUAGAGAAUGUGCAGUCAGCAUUUUCAGUCUUGUGAUUUGAGCAUGUAGGGAGGCACAGUACAAAAGGGGACGUGUGGGGACCAUGCAAUGUACAAUACUGGUGAUCCAUGGACAAAAGCCAAAUUUGUAUAGUGUGAUUUUUGGGUAGCAGUGGCUCAAUGUGUAGUGUUGAUAAGAGCUGGCUGUGCAGAUGAUGUUCUGAGCAGUGAAUUUAUUUUGUUGCCUACUUCACCCUUUAAAGAAAAGGAAGAUGAAUCCACUUUAGGCGUUAUUUUCAAUGAAGACAGUUGAAAAAAAAGAUGAUUCUAAUGCAACAUGGAAUUUAAGAACAUAUAAAAACUCCCUUAAUAGCACACUGGAUUGGACACCAGGUCCCUCUGUGAGCACCGGGCUCUAAAGCAAGCUGUGCCCUUACCUUGUCUGGCAAGGAUUUUGCGGGGUGAAGGAGAGGGUGCAGAGCUCUGCAGAUCAGGAAUAACCUGUGCGAGUGCUGCAGCCAGCGCGCAGGGCAGGGCUGGAGCUUGGCCUGUGCUCUGCCAGCCCUUCCCCAGUGGAAGUGUAACCUGAGACACGGCAGGAGCCCUGAUCCCGGGGGAGAAGGGGGAGGGAGACUUUUGUCUCUGUGAAAUCUCAGUGCAAAAUAGAGGCAGGUUCCUCAAGCCCAGAGUGGGGUUUUCUGGAGGAAGAGUGCCCUGCCCUGGAGCUAGGAGCAGCAGGGGCAGGGGGUAGAGCUGGGGCAGGGCUUGACCACAGUGACAGAGGCACAGAGACAGUGCUGGAGCCCUCUGGUGCCACCGACUACACUGGCUUUCAUCUUGACUCCUCUGUCUGCGUUCUGCCUGCCUGUGUGACCCCGAUGGUGACAUCCUCUCUUGUGGAGCUGCCGGCUGAGCCGAGCACAGGAGCCUGAGCUGCCAUCAGAGGCCUCAUCAGCUGAAGCAUCAAACCACCCUCGGGGCAGGUUAACUCCUCCUCUGGCAUUUUGUGACUGGCCUUGUAACUCCCGGCAGGCAAAAUUCCUGUGGCCAGGCCGGUGGAAAAGUGGGGAGCAAGCAGAGCAUCAGCAGGACAGCUUUCUGCAAAUGCACAGCCUCCCCCAUCAGUCAGACCCUGGGGCAGGCUGGGUUUGCUGCUAGCCUGGUUCGCAGCCGAGCCCGUGGUGGCGGCUGAGCGCUCUGCAAGGGACACUGGGCCCCGGGCAUGGAGGAGAAAUGGGGCAGGAAGCCGGUGUGCCGGUGUGCUGAAGAAGGGGCUGGAUGUAAUGCGUCUGGAGCUCGGGAGUGAAAUGAACUGUAAGGUGCAUUCAUAACUAGUGGAAGACUGAAUUAGCUUCUUUCUUUGUGGACGUUUUAAGCAAAGCAUCACGCAUCGGAAAAAACGCUGGGGCUGGAGGGGAUGGAUUGAGCCAGCACCAAGAUUCCUGAGACUCAGCUCCAGGACCUGCUGCUGCUGCUGGAGAAGGUGAUGUGACCCCUGCUCUCAUGAAUCCUCUCUCGCAGCCACGCUCUGUUCCUUUGGCAGAAGGAAUAUGCUGGACCAUAUCACACAUGAAUGCAGAUCAUGUGGUGGUCACUCAGGAAACUUUAUUGGAGCAGUUAGUGAAAAAUUAUCCAGGCAUUGCAGUGCCCUCCCACAACGCCUUAUAUAAUAUCCUUGGCACUCUAAUUAAGGAAAGAAAAAUCUAUCAUACAGGAGAAGGAUAUUUCAUUGUGACUCCCAACACUUACUUUAUCACAAAUGAUGCCACAGAAGACAACAGAAGGAUGCUGCUGGAGGACAGACGUUGCUGUUCAUCACCUUCCAUCACUGACCUGGUAAACAUUAAGCCCUGUGCACACCUAGGGAAAGAAAGCACUCCUACAGUACCCUGUUACAGAUCCUGCCAUUGCUACCCUGACCAAAAUACACCCUGUGAACAAAGGCAUUGGCAGGUGAGGAGCCAUGGAUCUAAUGGAGCGGGAAAGAGAGGCUGCAGUGAACUGAAGCCUACAAUUCGAACUCAAGGCAUUUCCCCAUCUGCUGAGAACCACUCCUGGGACACCAUCAGAUCCCUGACAUCUGUGAAAGCAAAACCGAAAAGCAAAAUGUUUGGCCUUGGCCUUUUCUGGAGAAGUGGUUCUAAGAAAGAAAAACACAAGAAGGAGUACUCCACUUUUUCAGGCCAGUUUCCUCCCCAGGAGUGGCCAGUCAGGGAUGAAGAUGACUUAGACAACAUUCCACGUGAUAUUGAACAUGAAAUCAUCAAGCGUAUUAACCCUACUCUUACAGUUGAAAAUUUGAUUAAACACACAAUAUUAAUGCAGAAGUUCGAGGAGCAGAAAAAAGGUAUCAGUAAAGAGAAAAAAUAUAUUGGUAAUGGUACCUCGGCUGAAGUGUCAACACUCAGGCAAAACCAUCUUUCAAAGGAUUGUAUUCAACAGGCACCAAGUAAAACAGCAAAAUGCACCAGGAAAACCAAAUCAAAGAGGGAAAAGCAGAUGAGCAGGAGCAGCAGGAAAUCUCACAUAGUGAAGCUAACAUCCCAAAACGUGAAACUGGAAGAGAGCUUUCCACUGCCCAUCAAAAACCAAGAGCCACCUGAUGCAGCAGGGGAAUCCCACGUGAUAUACAAGAAGCAGAUCAAGAAUCCUUUCCAGGGUCUGCCAUGGAGACCUCGCAGCUUUCAUGGCAGAGGGCACCAAGGUGGUGCUAAGAGUCAGCUGAAGUGCCAGACUCAAAAGGGAGGAAGGGCUUUCCAUAGGCCACAGUCCUUGGCCUCCUCAGGACCCUUUGGCUGUGAAACUGAAAGGCUGGAUGCAGAAAGUGAGGCUGGCAAAGCUAAGCAAAACAACCUACUCCAUGCUAACAGGUCCGACCUUCAACUAAAGAAAGACAGUUUGGGUGAGAAUGGUAGCUGUCCACAAGGCAGUAAUCUGCAAAUAGAUAACAGAACUAGAUACUUCCUGGAGAGUAACAUUUCCAAAGAAAAUGUCUAUAAAAGAACAGUUAAAAAAAAGUCCCCUUGCUCCUACGUUGAAGAUAAAGGUGUGUGCAAAGAAGAUGCAAAAUUUCCAUUCUACCUGAGAGACGAGCAUUGCAGAUGCAAAGCAGACACUGUGUGUGAGCUCUUAGAUCAAACAGCCAGUGACUUUCAAAAUGUCCAUCUUCCAAAUUACACGGCCAGUGUUAACCUGGCCCCAAAAAAUGGUGUGAAAUACAGACCAAAGACUGAUAAAAAGAGUGAACUUAUAUUUAACCAUGACUGUGCCAGCCAUCCUGGAUCAACGGAGCUGGAAAGGGAAGGGUCUACUGAGAACUCCCAUCUUCUGCACCGAAAGGGACGUGACGGUGACACCUGUACCUCGUCACAUCUGGAUGAGAAUUCUGAACACCUGGCCCCUGGCCAUGCCUUGUCAGCCACACGAGACUGGAGCACAGCUGUGUCCCUAAGAGCCUCUCAGGCUGGUACCUGCCCUGCCCAGCACGACACAAGCGUUCAUACAUGUGAUACACCAGGUGGCUCAAAGGAGCAUCCUAAACCAGACUGCACAGAGGAAAGCUGGCUGGGCAGUCAGGCUCUUCCGAAAGGCCACAGAAAGGAUGAAGGAACUGGCCUCACCGAAUGUGGGAAGGGCUCAGCUGUGGCAGACUUCUGCCAGGCUGCCUCCGAUGCUGGCACUCUGCAGAACUUCACCCGUGAGGUGGGCCAAGGAGCAGCACGCUGUGCUCAGGGCUCACGGACCAAAGGAGUGAGAAACCCCCCAGGACAAAAAGAGCAGCUGGUAAAGAACACACGUCCUGUGACCCCAGAACAGAAACACUCAGAAGGGACAGAGAACCACAGCAUUACAGGAGACAGUGGAAUUGACUCCCCAAGGUGGACUGAAAAGAAGAUGAAGCUCCCUGCCAAAUUCUAAAAGUAUAAAUAACAAUGCAAAAAGGAGGACAAGUGAAAGGACAAUUGCAACAAAAAAUUCCUUCCUUCCUCCAACUCUGGUUGUGAAUAUUUGAUUUUUUUUUAAUGAGAUUGGUAAACUUUCCUUGUAACAAGGCAACCAUACUGUCAAUGCAGCUGGUCACAUCAGUGAGGCAGUCUCUAAAUCAAAGCUGUUAGUUAGAACUUUUGACAGUAGCGUUUGGAAAGGUCAUGUGUGUUUUGUUUGCCCCACCUUUAAUAAUGUUUUGUGUGUCCCUGUGACAAUAAAGUGAGAACUGCAUUCUCCCUUCAGACCAAACCACUGACCUGGAGGGGGUUUGUUUCUCCAAUAGGAACUGCAGUUGGACAGGGCUGUUUCACACUGUAACUCUGGAAAGUGUUUCCUACCUGUGCCACAGAAAUCAGCACACGCUUCACUUUCCCCGCUAGAAAACAAAACAAAACCUGGUU